ACCGACUUUCUGACGUCCAAACUAUGCGUUGCUUGUAAUCAUCUCUUCUCGGUUGUAUAAUCCCAGGCUCACCCUCCGCUAUGGAUUGGCGACUACUAGACUACGCCAAGGAGGCUGAGGAGACCGCCAAUGGCCUGCUCAGCUUCGAGGGCGAGAUCCCCCAAUAUCGCAAGGACAUCAGAGGCUAUAUGGCUGAGCUGUAUGCCAUUUCGCACGCUCUGCGUGAGUUGGAUGAUGCACUCAGGUCCAUCAACUACAGAGGAUACGCAACCUACAUUAUCAAAGAUCUCGAAAUUUGUCUUCCAACUCUAGGGCAUACACUUGAUGACGUCCAAGACAUCUUCAGCAAGUCCAAGAGAAGUCGACACGCGGCGCCAGGCGCUUUUCCAGGCACCCCGCCUUACGCCAUCAUAUGGGAGGAUGCACUUGCGGAUUUCAAGACACAAGGCAUGUCCUUGCCCCAAAGGUUCGAAGCAGUCAGAAUGUACCUACAGGGUAUGCACGACACAUUAAAAGGAGAGGAAAAUGACGUUGAGUUGGCAAACUACAAGGUUUCAUUAUCAAAGUUACUCAAGAAACAGAAGCCGAUAGAAUCAUACUUCAGCAAGCUUUCGGUCCAAGGUAGCGGCAGAAGUGGUGCCAAAACACCAAAGCCAUCUUCUCCCAGAGUUUCCCGACCUAAAAUACACAGUCAUCCUACAUAUCCGGUUGCCAAUUACAACUACCAACAUCCGUCAUCGCCUCUACCCCAUCGAGCUCAUAUUGCCCCAACAUGGGGCGGCAUAGGAGAUAUACCCUUUGUCCCGCCACCCGUUCCAGAGAUCCCUCAAUCGCCCACACACUCGUCUGCAUCAUCACAGGCCUAUUCGAGUCAAUCUACCGAUUCCGAGCCUGCUGCACAUUGGGCUAUGAAGAUAUUUGAUGGGCGCCACGGCUCAACCCCAUUUCAGACACUAGGUGAGGCUACCGAAUGCUUUGGAAGGAACGAACCUCGUGUGAUCGGAAUGUUGCAAGACGACGGGUUUGAUAAAGUGUUGGAAUUGCCUUUCGAAGCUACCAACGUAUGGGUAAGGAUGUACUGCAGAGCUGAAGACAAUCGUGCGCGAAUCCUGUUCCUUUCCAUGGACUCUGAAGGCCGCCGCAUGAGAUAUCAGAUCCCAAUCACAGCGCUGGCGCUGCGGCGAGCAGGUUCAUGCCUACAGCUUUGUCGGGCCAAUCGCCGCGAUGGGCAACUGGAUCUCUGGGCUAGGUUACGCUUCCCCCUCUACGAACGUAUGGUUCUGUUCUACUGUACUGCCAUUGCCAUGAAACGACAAGACCAAACUGCUGUUCCAGAGGUACUUGUUGACUUUUUCGAGCCCGAAAGCAUCAUGUUUAGCGGUGAGACUACAGACAACAGAUAUCUACAUGCUUUCCGUAUCUACUAUGAUGAAGAUGCGGGCUGCGUGCGUUUCGAAGCUACUGCUCGUCGAGGUCCAAUGAACACCAUACCCAUCUGGACUGCCUUCGUUACACAGUACGUUGGACGCAGGGACUGGAUGAAACGUGUCAGUCCCGACACGAUACAAUUCGAAAAGUUGCAUCCGUACGUGUUCUGUGACAGCUACAGGCUGCCCAAAGGACCUACGGGCAAAUACCGGCUCACUUUCACGACCCCUGAAGAUGCAAAACAAUUCAGAGAGAGCUUCUAUCGAAUCGGCAUGGCUUGAGGGUUGCCAGAUGUACACAGUAGAUACGAGGCAUGCUGGCUUGCCCGUCUCUGCACCGACAUGCUCAACACUCGCUGAGACGACGAUGACGACUUUACGAACAAAAAUAUCUAUGACUUUAUGACAACAAUGAUGAGCAAACGACGACUACGAUGAGGGUGGCUUCUGCUUUUCGGCAUGAUAUACCCCACUCGGUCUACUUUUCCUCCUUGGGCCAACAAAUUGAUUGACAAUCGGCCUUUGCUGCUGGCGCAACUUGCUGUUUGGAUUCCCUUGUCAUUGUACUUAUGCACAUUGUUUAAUAUGCAAACUUAGUAUUAGUUCUGAAAAAAACAGCGCUGUAAGGCGCUAGAAAAUCUAAUCAUCGUGGUGUCAA